AUGUCAGGACCUCAGUGCUGUGCAAACCCACCAACCCUGAACCCCAGCAGUGGAGCUGGCCACGUUGAGAAAGUGGGUGGUCUUGACUCUUAUGUCACUUGCUCUCCUGACUCUAAACUUGCAAUUCUUCUUGUCUCUGAUGUUUACGGAUAUGAAGCGCCUAACUUAAGGAAGCUUGCAGACAAGAUUGCUGCUGCUGGAUUCUAUGUGGUAGUUCCCGACUUCUUUUAUGGAGAACCUUAUGCACCUGAAAAUGCUGAGAGACCCAUUCAAGUUUGGUUAAAGGAUCAUGGUGUGGUUAAAGGUUUUGAAGAUGCAAAACGAGUAAUUGAAGCUUUGAAUGGUAAAGGUGUCUCUGCAAUUGGGGCUGUGGGCUUUUGUUGGGGCGCCAAGGUGGUCGUUGAAUUAGGAAAAACUUCCGCUUUCAUCAAAGCUGCUGUUCUGUGUCAUCCCUCCUUUGUCACUUUAGAUGACAUAAAGGAGAUUAAGGUUCCUAUUUCAGUACUAGGAGCUGAGGUAGACCAUCUCUCACCACCAGCACUCUUGAAACAGUUUGAAGAGGUUUUAGCUGCCAAACCUGAGGUUGAUAGCUUUGUGAAGAUAUUUCCAAAAGUUGCUCAUGGAUGGACAGUGAGGUACAAUAUUGAAGAUGGAGCUGCCGUGAAGAGUGCAGAGGAGGCCCAUGGAAACUUGAUGGAGUGGCUUGCUAAAUAUGUCAAAUGA